AUGCCGCGUGCGAUGUUACAGCAAGCCAUGCUGAAUCCAUGCACAUUCCAUGCCACUGGACCGUCAGCUUCCAAUGUGAAGCUCGUAGAUCGUUUGUUGCCACACCGAGUAGCUCGAAGAGGCAUGCUUCGCAAUCUCUUGCCACUUGCUCUGCUGCAUCAAGCCAGCGGCGCAUGUUUCAAGCAUGUGUCUUGCACCAGCUGCAUUGCUGAAAGCAAUGAUGCUGGCUAUUGCAUGUGGUAUACGCAGCCGCGGUUGGAGGGGAUUGGUGCCUGCGUGGCCGGCCACCCGGGCUAUGCGCCACCACAAGAAUUGUCCGGUCAGCUGGCGACGGAUGCCUAUGGCCUGUGGUCCAUGGCGCUGUCAACUGGUGCUGUUGACGUGUGUUUCUUCUUUCACCUCUUCACAGAUGGACUUAUUCCACACACGCCAGGCGAGACGGCUUAUUUUACAGUGCAUGACAUUGAUCAAAUCUCAGACGACAGCUGUCCAAAACUCAGAGUGGGCACUUUCGUGGGCACAGGUGGGCACUUGUUCAUGUGUGAUCUCAAGCUUCCAGGCUACACCACCGAAUGCCUGUACCAGGCACAGUGUGAUCCAGGCUAUUACGCUGUGGAGAAUAACCCCUGCUACAGCGACGAUGUCUUCCCCGCCUGGCGCGAGCUGCACUGCUGUCGCCAGCAAAGGAACAUCAACGGAUACCUGCGAGGCUUCGAGGCAACUCAUGGGAUCAUCGACGGCAAGCUCUUCUAUGCUUCCUGCUGUGCAACGUGCUAUCCCGGUGAGGUCAUAGUCGGCUGUCAUGCCUACUUUGCUGGGGUCUGCCAGACCUGCGCAGCUGGCAGGUUCAAUCCGACUGGAAGCCCUGGCAGCAGUUGCGAGGAAUGCCAGCCCUGCGAAGCUGGCAAGAUUCGCCGCGGCUGUGGUCCAGCAACAGCCGGGCUGUGUGUGGAAUGUGAAGCUGGCAGCGAGUUCAAGACCAUAGGGCUAGAAGGUGCUUGGACGGACACCUGCCAGGCAUGUGAGAGCUGUCCGAGAGGGCAUGUGCGCGUCGGCUGUGGCGGGGCUGAUCCGGGUUAUUGCUCACCGUGCGUCGGGGGCAGCUUCUUUGCAGCACCAUUUUGCCGCACCUGCUUCACGUGUAUCCAGGGCGAACGCCGGGGCUGUGGCGGACAGCAGAUUGGUGUGUGCACAGAUUGCAGGACGGGCCGCUACGAGGUAGCCAAUACCGAGGGCGCAUGUUUGGACUGCGAGACGUGCUCGGAAGAUGAAACAGAGAUGAGUGCGGACGGCUUCCAAGUGUCCGGUCCGUGGGUUCGUGUGGGUUGCGGCGCUGCUGCCACCGGCAGGUGCGUGCGCAUGGCCGCCCAGCUGAACUUGCAGGGCGCUGCCAGAUGUCCGACGGCAGCCGACCCCGAUGCACUCUGCGAGGGUGCAUCCGUCUCUGCCCGGUGGACAAUGCAUGGCUUGUCUCUGCGGCAGCUUGAUGCAGAAUACGGAAAUUGCACUGCCGAGGCGAGCCUCUGUCUCUCCGGAUUCUGGCGGCUGGCGCUGUAUCGACGCGAGAUCGACAACUUCGCCGGUGCAGAGGUGGCCCAGCUCGGGGACUGGUUCUCCGCAGAGCUGGAGCAGGAGUCUUCUCUGGACGCUCCGAACGCGGUGCUGACGAAGAGAGGGCUCCAGCUGCCUAGCGGCCUGCCCGAGGCUUCCGGCUACUUCCUGAGGGUCUUCUUCUUCGAUGCUGGCGGGACUGACCGCGCAAGCGCGCGCGCUUUCCUGGCACGGACGGACGUGGUGCUGCAGAGCGGUUUGGUGCUGGAUCUCAGCUUGGCCGGCCACCUCCUGGACUUGCAGGAGACGAAGAGAGCCAUGCCAACAGAGAGCCAUGAGGGCCCUUCUCUCCAGAGUGCAGCCCUCUUGGCAUGCGAGGCUGCGGUGGAUGUGGCUGCAGACGACAUCUCCUCCGGCAGCUGGCAGGCAUGCGGCAUGAGGGUUGUCAUAGUUGUCAUGGGCCUCUUGCAGGGUAUUGGUGCCCUCGGUGCCCUGCUCCACCUGCAGGCUGCCCAUACCUUGCUGAGCGACACCUGUGCGUCGCACAGUGGUGACAUCGAGGGCUGGGCUCUCAGACGCCACAGCCACGCCGCAGCCACAACAUGUUACUGGCCGCCUGCGCCUGGCCGUGAGUCCGUCUCUCAGGGACCUGGGAAGCAUGCGAACGGAGCAAGGCCGUUUGCGUUGCUGCACUCCUCCGGCAGUGCCGACAUCGCCGCACUGGGAGCCGCCUUCCCCGUGAAGGAAGCCAGGGACCCAUUUCUGCCGAGCCUUCCAGACGAGACGAGUGAACCGGCUGGUGAGCGGCUUCUCGACAUGGAGCAAAUCCACGAGGUGAUGGUGCAGCUGAUUCCUCCCAAUCUGACAGUGUGGCGGUCCCUUGUUCAGCCCUUGUUUGCUGCACCAGAGCGGCUGCUCUCGAACAGCACUUCCAACGGUACUGGGCCCAGUUCCCCGAAUACCACCGAAGAGCCCUCGGAUGAGGCGAACGAAAGCCAGGGCAAUGCAAGCAGCAAUGCAAGCGGAAGCAAUGCGAGCAGCAGCAGUAGCAGCAAUGCGACAGCGGACACGAGCACGACGACAACUGGCCCGGUCUUGCUGGACUUCACGGAGGAGAGUGCCGAGGCUUUGCUGGAAGAGCUGAAGCGUGAAGCCCUUCAGGCAGCAGCGGGGGCGGAGGCUUUGAGGGCUCAGUGGCAGUCCGAGGUGUCGAGCUCUGUGCAGCUCUUGGCUCCCAAGUUGCGGGAGUUGCAGGAGAUCGACAAGCUCCUGGGUGAAAGUGCCGAGGCUGCCGGCUUUAGCGUCGUGCGGAUGGCACAGGCAGCAACUUGGAAGCUCCGAAGAGAACUCCAAGACUUGGUGAAUGCUACAGACCUCGUGGAGAAGGAGCAGAAGAGCAUCGAUGUGUUACAGAGGAUCGGCUCAAUGGCCUUGAUGAUGUUGGGGACAUGGGGCCAGUCCUGGUAUCAUGGCCUGGAGUGGCGCUUGCUUGUGCAAGUGGAUUCGGCAGCCUGGCCGCCUAACAUGAUGCCCCCUCUGGGAGGCGGCCUGUCAAUGCCAGGGGCCGUGCCGAUCGCCGACACACGCAAGCGAGUCUGGGAGCCCUUCGUGGAGGUGGCCGAGAGCUGGUUCUCCUUCGCAGAGGAGCUUCGACUGGAGCUGGAGAACCAAACAGACUUCGGAACCUCAGCGCUGAGUCGCCUCUUGCCGAUCAUGCAUGGAGCUGUUGACCAAGUCGCAGCCUUCACGGAGGAGGUGUUGGAACCCUAUGCCCGAGAGGGUUCCAUGCUCUUUGCGGGGCCUUUGCCAAAUAUAUCUCAGCCGGCAAGCUGUGGCAACCGUGGUUGGUGCCUGUCCUUUGUGGCACGACAGGUCUCGGAAGAGUUGGCGCUGGAGGAUGCUUGGGACGGUUUUGGUCCGCAGGCAGUGCGCCCGUGGAUCGAUCCUCGCGUCGAAGACUUGCGGCUGAAGAGAGCCUCAACUGAGAUCCUGCAGAUGGCCUGGGGCAGAAUACGGAUUUUCGAGGAGCUGCUGCUGCAAGUGAUAGAUGUGCGGGACAUUCAGAAGGAGCCAAGCAUUUCUGCAGCGGCAUCUGCCCAGGCAACACACAUUGCAUCGCACAUCGAAGUGAUCUUGCAGUGGUCCAAGUGGUCCAACAUGAGUAGUUCGGCGGGUAGCGACCGACCCGAGGCAGCCUGGCACUGGCACGAGCUCCGCAAACUGCGCUCAGCACUCGACCUGAGCCGUCGCUCCGCAGCCUUGUUGGCACGGCGUCGCCUGAGCCGCCUGGAGCUUUUAACCGCUUGGGUUUCGGGACAGCGUGACGACGGCUACAGUGCCGGCCCAGCGACGUGGAGUUGGCGCCGGCCUUGGUCCCCUUGGAGCUUGCAUUCCGCGGGUAGUCCGGCCAUGGCUCUUUUCGAAGCCUCGGCUGCAGCCGCCGCAAAGCUUGAGGCUGCCAUCGGUGACCAGGAAUUGCAUGCUGCCACGCGUUCACAGGCAUACCUCAGAAUUGACAUCAGCUCCGAUCUGCAUCCGGUCGCUUAUGCUGGGUUGGUUCAGACAGGCAGUGCGAUGCUACGACUUAUGGCGCCGGCAUUGCGGGAUCACUGGAUGAUGCAUGCGGACGCCAAGGCCUUCUUGAUUUCACUGCCAGCAUCCCAGCUUCCGGAUCCCUUGCAAGCUGGCGCAGAAACCGGGGAAGCUCCUUCUGGAGCUUUUCCGCAGCCCCACGUGGAGCUCCGCUUGAAGAGGUUGUCAGGUGCCUUCGACGCAGCGGACACGUCUGUGGAGCCUCCCCAGGAAGGAACCCUUCCUUUCGUGACGCGGCACGAGCGUGGCACUUGCAUGCCGUUGGCCCAAAUUCAAGCUGAGAAAGCACCCGAGAUAGUUCCGGCUGCUUUGCUGCCGUUGGACGGCUUUUGGGUUCUCACUGCCCGAGAUGGGACGACAGCAAGAUUGCUUCAGAUCGAUGAGGGUACGGUGCUUCGCCUCUUGUUGGAGAUUGAUGUUCCCGACGGCACACCGCCCUGGCCGCUGUUGUCGGACACACGGGACGUCUUGUACAAACUGCCGGAAGAUGGGCUCUGCAGCGGUCUGCGACCCAUCUUCGGCUCAGCACCCGAAACAUCAACUUUCCCUCCAACCACUCGCACCACCCUUCACACACAGACUGCCACCACCAUCCCCCUGAUACCAACCACCAGCCGCCAGGGCGUCAUAAUUGUCGAAGAGGAGGAGGAUCUCGUCCUGGCGCCAAAGCGCUCCACUUCCUUCGCAGCGGGAGCGGCGGGAGCCGAGCCUUGGACUCCUCCGAUUUGGUUCUAUGCCGUUCUCUUCCUACUGCUGCUCGCUGCCAUGGUCUUGGCCGUUCGCUUCACUUUCAAGUACCAGCGCCGGCGUAUCCAGAACGCAGGGAAGGUUGUACCCGAGGCCCUGCAGGAGGAGGGGAAGGUGCCGGUUGAAGAGGGCACCUCGGCAACACAGGAGGCGGCGCCCACCAUCUUGACAAAGGAUGGUAGUGCGUUGCGCGAGGUGGCGGCCGUCAAGGCCUCAGAGAACCCUUACCUGGCCAUGGCCAAAAAGUCGCCGAAAAAGAUGGCAUCCCGGAAGAGCGGCUCGUGGGAGAUAUCAGACACACCACGAGAGGAUGAUCCCAAGAACGAGGAUGAGGACAACAAGUCCUGGUCUGAAGCAUCCACCCCGGAGGGCUCAGAUGCGGAGGAGGGCGGCUCCAGCAGCCACAGCAGUCUGCAUUCGCCGUCUUCCAGUUCCGGAGACUCCUCGUCAGGUAGGAGUCGAUCAGUUAGCCCCCGCACCGCACUCGCAGCGAAGGCACUCGGAGCGCACGCGCAGAACUUUUCACCUGAUGCCUUGACAGCAGGGGCGCUGCGAGCCCACGCGCAGGAUUUCUUACCCGAUGCGAGGGCAGCCCAGGCUUUGGACGCCCAUGCGAAGAGCUUUGCCUCCUCUUCCACCGCCCCGGCCCCGGCCCCGGCACUCCCCGUCGUGCCCCCGGCGGAGGUGCGUCUGCAGGGCUCCAAGCACUCCAAGAAUUCAAAGAGCUCCCGGGAUUCCGCCAGAGACGCAGAAGCACGGCCGGAGGAAGCGAAGGAGGGCGCCGAGGCCAAGGGCGUCGCCGAGGCGGGGGAUUCAUAG